UACAUUAGAAUGUCAUCUGUACUACUAGCUGUGUAAUGGAGGUCAUUUUGGAUUAACAAAUAACUUAAUACUAAAGACUAAAGUGUGAGAUUAUCUUUGGCCAUAUAAUAUAAUUGUGAUAACGUAGGUCCCAAGAAUAUUGUGUUCAUAAUUGACCAUCUCUACAUUUCAUAAUUAAAUAUCACUACUGCAACACAACACUGUUACUCUCAAUCUCAAGCAUUGUUAGCUACAAUUUCUCUUAGUUAUUCUCUCUUCUGCAAUUACUAUUUGUUGGAAGAUCUGAUCUGAUGGCUGCUGAAUUGUUUGGAGGAGCGCUUCUCUCUGCUUUCCUUGCUCCGUUGGUGGAAAAGUUAGCUUCUGAGAUGAAGGACUUCUUCAAAGGGAAAGAUGCCAUUCUCAAGCUGCUGAAGGAGUUGAAGACUUUGCUGUCCUCGGCUGAUCUGCUGCUCAUUGAUGCUGAGGAGAAGCUCAUCAAAGACCCAAGGGUGAGAAAAUGGCUUGAUGAUCUUAAGGACACCAUUUAUCAUGUAGACGACGUGGUUUACAAGAUCGACGCUGAAGCAUCGCUAAAAAAGCUGAAAGGUGGUGGUCCUGACGAAUCUCAUAGCAGCCAGUAUAAGAAGAGGCUCCUUAAAGUCAUCCCCACUCCUUUAACUUCUUUUGAUAAGGCCAUAAAACCUGAGAUAGAAGAGACGCUUGGGAAAUUGAAACGUCUUCUAGACAAUAAAGAGCUCGGUUUGAAACAUGUGAAGAAUCAUAAGCUUCCGGAGAGGGUAUGUGCUCCAUCGCUAGAAGAGUCUGAUAUUUAUGGAAGGAAUCGUGAAAAAGAAGAGAUUAUCAAGUUUCUUCUACCGGAUGAAACAACCGGUGCCGGUGGUAAAUUGUCUGUGAUCCCCAUAGUGGGGAUGGGUGGUAUUGGGAAGACUACUCUUGCUCAACUUGUAUACAAGGACAAAAGAGUCAACAAGAUGUUCGAUAGGAAAGUAUGGAUUACAUUGGGGGAAGACAAAGUUGACUGCACAAAAGUGAUGAAACUAAUUGUGGAAAAGGUCACUUCUAAAACAUGUGAAAUUCAGGAUCCAUAUGAACUUCAAGAAGAAGUAAAGAAGGUUUUGACUGGGAAGAAGUUUCUGUUUGUUGUUGAUGAUGUUUGGGAUGAGGACCGUGCCAAGUGGGAUGUCCUAAACAAUUGUUUCAAAUGGGGAAAACAUGGAAGCAAGAUUAUUGUGACAACACGGAGCACAGUUGUUGCAUCGAUUAUGAAAACUGGGUCAACUUAUCAACUAGGAAGAAUAAAUGAGGCUGCUGGCUGGCGAUUAUUUGCAAAACAUGCUUCACUUGUUGUGGACUCAAAUGAUUACUUGAAUCUCAAACAAGUUGGGGAAAAAAUUGUUGACAAGUGUAAGGGUCUUCCGUUGGCUAUUAAGUCAAUGGGUCUUCUCUUACGAGAUAAGCAGAAGAAGGAGGAAUGGAACAACAUCCUAUACAGUGAUUUAUGGGAGUUGUAUGAUAGAAAAAAAGUUGAUAUUCUUCCAGCUUUGUGGUUGAGUUACUUUAAUCUACGCCCAGAAUUAAAGCAAUGUUUUGCUUACUGCUCCUUAUUUCCAAAAGAUUAUCAUUUUAGAAAAGGGGAGAUGGUCCUGUUAUGGAUGGCCGAAGGUCUUUUACAGUCUACAAAUGGAAAGAGAGUAGAAGUUGGAGAAGAGUAUUUCGAAGAUCUAAUUUCUAUGUCAUUUUUUCAACCAUCAAAUAACGAUGAGAAGGAGUCGACUUUUCUCAUGCAUGAUCUUAUACAUGAUUUGGCGAUAUUUGUUUCUGGUGAGUUCUGUUAUAUGAUGAAUAAUAUCAAUAAAUGUUCCCACAAGGUUCGUCAUUUUUCGUUCAUGCAAUAUUGUAAAGAAGCCUAUAAGCCUAAAGAAUUUGAGGGGUUAUUCAAAGCUAAGUGUUUGCGCACCAUAUUAUGGGACCACUUUUCAAUCGUUGUUUCGUUAAAGAUUGAGCAGUUGGACAAGUUAUUCCCAAGCUUGAGAGUACUAUCCAUAAAGGAUUUGCAUAUCUCUGAGCUUCCUGAUUCUAUAGGCAAUUUGAAAUAUUUAAGAUAUUUCAAGUUACACUCUCCAGAGAUUAAAGAGAUACCUAAUACAAUAUGUAAGUUGUAUAAUUUGGAGACACUGUUGUUGGAGGAAUGUAAAGAGGUUAAAAGACUACCAAAUGAUAUAGGAAAUUUAAUCAAGUUGCGACAUCUUAGUGUUCCUAAGAUAAACUUAGUAGAGAUGCCAUUGCAAUUGGGCAAACUGCAAAAUCUGCAAACACUUAAUACAUUUGUUGUGGGAAACAAUAGAGAUUCUGCUAGCAUUAAGUUGCUGAAAGAGUUUCAAGAUCUACACGGGACUCUUUCUAUUAAAGGACUUCAAAAUGUGAGUAGCCUGGAGGAAGUUUCAGCAGCAGCAUUAAAGAAUUUCAAGUUUCUUAGUCAUCUAUCUUUGGACUGGUAUUAUCAUCAUUAUAGUGAACUCGACGAGUUGCACAUAGAAAGAGAGGUACUGAGUGCCCUCCAGCCUCAUUCAAACCUGAAGGAACUUACGAUUGAGACCUACAAAGGCAACAGUUUCCCAAAUUGGAUGGGAGAUUGUCGCUGCUUGUCUAAUUUAGUAAGGUUGAAGAUUUCAUAUUGUCGUAAUUGCAGCUUCUUGCCGUCGUUGGGACAGCUGCCUUCUCUCAAAGAUCUUUGGAUUAGGGCUUGUGGUGUGGUGAGAAUAGAUUCAGAGUUUUAUUGUAGUACUACUCUUGAUUCUUCUUCUUCUGUUGCAAUACAAACAAAACCCUUAUUCUUUAGAUCUUUGGAGACCUUGGCAUUUAUCGGAUUCUAUGAGCUGGAAGAGUGGUCAUUUAUUGAAGGUGGAGGUUUUCCUCGUCUUAAGAAUCUUCAAUUAAUCAGGUGUGAGAGACUCAAAGUGACAUUGUUAGGAGAUUAUUUCCCGUCAUUGACAGAGCUUGAAAUACAUGACUGUGAGCAACUAAUACCAUUAUUACUCCCAAGAGCUCGACUCAUGCAGGCCCCUUUGAUCACUUUAAAGAAGAUUAGAUUUAAGGGUUGUCCCAACUUGACGCACUUAGACGAGGAGGCCUUUCAGCACCUCACCUCCCUUAAGGAGCUGAGGAUUGAAUGGUGUUGUAACCUCCAAUGCUUACCAAAAGGACUACCCACUUCUCUUUCUGAUCUUCAUAUCAUUGAGUGUCCAUUGCUAGCACCAGGAGUGAAGAGGGAGACAGGGGAGGACUGGCCAAUUAUUGCUCACAUCCCAAAUAUCACUGUCGAUGACAGAGUUGCCAGGAUCUAAGUCCAACCAUCAAUUUGUAGUGGAAUGAAUGCUUCUAAAUGAUUUGGAUUGAGUUGAAGAAUGCAAGAAGUCAGCUACCACCAAAUAAACACUUAUGAUGACUUAAUUUGCUUAUAUUUAGUUUGAGUGUUGUGUGUGAUUUUGAAUAAUAAUAGCUAUACUAUAGAGUGAGUGAUUAGACUACUAUUGUGAAAUUGUAGAAGAGGUUGACACCAUUGUUAAUGUUCUGUAUGUACUACCAUUUACUCAGAUUAGUGUAGAGAACAAACAACCAUUGCUACCUUUGUUUGUCUCUCCUCAAUAUAAAUCAUGGUCUCCAUUUUCUCUUA